AUGCGCUGGUCCUCAAUUCUUCUUCCCUUCUCCCUCCUGGGCGCAGGUGUGCUGGCCGCAAAGUCCGACCCGGCCGCCACGUUCAAAGACUUCCACCAGAAGUCGCUCUCGAGCACACCUAUCAAGCUUGGAGAUGCCUCCUACAAGAAGGUCACUGGGCUGCCCCGUGACUACACGGUUGCUGUCCUCUUGACAGCCCUGGACAGUCGUUAUGCUUGCCAGAUGUGCCGGGACUUCGACCCUGAGUGGAAGCUGUUGAGCAAGUCUUGGGCCAAGGGUGAUAAGGCUGGUGACUCCAAGACACUGUUCACUGUUCUGGACUUCAAUGAUGGUCGGGAGACCUUCAUGUCUCUCGGACUGCAAACCGCCCCCGUCCUCCUGCUCUUCCAACCCUCGACUGGAGAGUUCGCUGUUGCCAACACCGAUCCCGUGCGAUUUGACUUCACCUCUGGCGCCCCAACCGCGGAAUCAGUCAGGAACUGGGUCAGCCGCUACCUGCCAGGACGCCCCGUCCCUGAGGUCAACAGGCCCACAAACUGGUUCGCCAUAAUCCUUGCCCUCACAACGGUGGCCGGCAUAGGCACGACGCUCGUGACGCUCUGGCCGUACGUCGGGCCCAUCAUCCAGCACCGCCGGCUGUGGCAGUUCAUCUCGCUCAUGACCAUCCUGGGUUGCACAUGCGGCACGAUGUUCAACAUAAUUCGGAACGUCCCCUACGCAGGCCACGAUGGCAAGGGCCAUAUCUCCUUCUUCGCCGGCGGCUUCCAGAGCCAGUUCCAGCUCGAGUCACAGAUUAUCGGUGCUCUUUACGGAGCUCUCGCCUUCUGCGCCAUUGGUCUCGCUGACAAGGCGCCCCGCCUUGGUGGUGUCAAGACCCAGCAGACCAUGGUUAUCCUCUAUGCCGGCGUCAUGCUCGUCCUCUACAGCUUCCUCCUCAGCAUCUUCCGUGUCAAGAACGGCGGCUAUCCCUUCGCGCUGCCUCCCUUCUUAUAA